GCAGGCACGCAACUGUCCGUGGAGGAGUUGGCGAUCCAACACGGCUACUUGAUAAUGUAGGAUAGCCAGCGUUGACCAGUGAACUGUAGUCUAUUUCUUCUUCACCAAAAGCUUGCGCAUUUGGUCUCUCAAACAUGGAAUAGCACGAGCCGACACUCUGAGGGGAGGGGUGAUGGCGGGUGCUGAGGUCACUGCAUCUUCAGGGGAUGUAAUCAUGGUGAAGGAAGAGGAGGGGGAAUCCAGUGGCACCCAUAAGACUGAAGUCAUCCUACACCUUCAGCCCAUCCUGCAUGGGAUAAAUGAUGACAUUGCUGACACUGGCACGACAGUCUUGGCCAUAGAGACGCACCACGAUGACAGUCAAGCAGAUGGAGAGGAGAUUGAGUACGGCUACCCCAUCACCUGUGGAGACAGCAGAGCAGUCCUGCUGUUUAAGAAGUUUGUGUGCCCUGGAAUCAAUGUCAGAUGUGUCAAGUUCAAUGACCAGCUGAUCAGUCCAAAGCAGUUUGUACACCUGGCAGGGAAAGCCACACUGAAAGACUGGAAAAGGGCCAUCCGACUAGGAGGGGUUAUGCUCAGGAAAAUGAUGGACUCCGGCCAGAUAGAUUUCUACCAGCAUGACACUGUCUGCACCAACACCUGCCGCAGCACAAAAUUUGAUGUGCUGAUCAACAGUACACGGCUUCCUUCAAGUAGCUCGGUGCCACCUACCUCCUCAGGCCUGACUGCUGACCCUCUUGGAGGAAAGCUGGCACCCAUGCCAGGAGAGGCUGUGCAUGAUGCAGCUGAGGUAGAGGAACCCUCUGAGGAGAAGUUCAUGGCUUCCGCUGAGUGGAGCCCUGGACCAGCCAAUGUAAACUCCACACCAGCUAAUGGACAUGUUGCCAAGAGAAAGAGAACUAGCACGCCUGAUGGGAUCCUGAGCCUGUGGAAGGGUGUGGCAGACAUUGGACUGAUGGGCGAGGUCCUGUCCAGCAUCCAGACUGAGUUAGUGGCCACUCUUAAAGAAGUGGAGGUCCGCAGCGAGAGGGCCGACCUGCAGGAAACAGAUGCCAUGAUGCUUAACUCCUUGUGCGAGAUGUUUGGGCUGCUAGACUCUGUGAAGCAAGCUCUGGACCUGAGACGCAGUCAGAGUGAAGAAAACAGAGCCCACAGUGCGCUUUAUGUGCUGGAUGGGAACUUGGAGGUGCAGAGGAAGCAGGGUUAUGAUAAAAGCACCUCCUACAGGAACAUGUCUUCGAAACGCCUGCGAUUGCAUCGCCGCAGCCCCUCCGCCAGCCAAACCCAGUCACAGCAUCAAGCUAGCCAAAGCACCCUAUGCCCCAUCACCGGCAGCCCGGUGAUCCAGCCUCUAACUGUCGCUGCCUUAUCUGCGGCAUCACUCGCCCAACUCACCGUCAGCCCCGAGCUCUUCACCCGAUUCUCUGCGUCCGUCUCCACCGGCCACCGUCACCAUGCUGGUAUCAUCUGUGGAGCGGACAGGAUGGACAGAGAGGGACAGCAUGUCGAGCCGGAGAGAGAGCACGGGGUCAGCCUCCACAGCCUGGGACAGGAGGAGGACACCUCGGGGAGCCACACUGCACUGAGGACUGCAGGGGCUCGAGAAGAAGACUCUCACCUGAUAGGAGAGCAGGUGGAGGAGCUGGAGAGGUUGUAUGACAUCAACAGGGUAGUUGUAGGGAGAAAGGCAUCAAAGAAACAUAAAAUACAGUGAGAGAGAGAGCAACACCCAAAAGGAUUCUGGAGAAUGUGGUGAGAGGAUGUGCCUGGUUUUGAAAGAGAGGAAAAGAUUUCUUGGUGUAACUGUAUUUUUUUUUUUUUUUUUUUUCAUGUACGCUCGCAUAAACUGUACUGUGCUUCGAUUACUUUUUGGUGGUGUGAAAGGCACAGAUGUGUUCUUGCAUCAGGGUUUUAAGUUUUAUAAUGGAGAAAAACAUUUUUUAAUAACAUUUUAGCCAAGUACAACCCAAAGUUUAUGCUUGAUUACUUUUAGAGAUCCUUGAAUCUGUAAUAGUACUAUUUGUAAGUAAUUUACAGUAUCAGUGUAAAAAUAACUCAUUGCAGAUGUAAAUAUGUUUGUUUCUAUUUAUGCUUUGUAGUGGCAACUUAUUCCCUUGUCUAUAUGUAAUUGGUGAUUAUUUUUAAAGUAGCUGUGACAAUCACGUGUUUCCUUUACAAUUUCAUAAUUAUACUUCUUAUAUUUGUAGUUGAAAUACUUAAAUUGCAGAUCGCACUUAAAUUGCGUUUUUUAUUAUUAGUCCAGUUGGAUUUAGGGAAAUAUAUUUCACUCAGGUUUGUAUGUAGGUUCUUGUUAAGAUCCUAUUUCAGCUAUGCACCAGAUACUCACUGCCUGAAGUUCAUAGAUCAAUUGAUGUUUGACAUUGAGAACAAGAUAUAAAUAUUGUGGCUUUUGAGAAGUGCUGUUGUUUUAAAACAGGGACCUGUUUAAGAAAUGUGCUGCAAAUACACUUUUUCUUCAUCUUGUUACUUCUUUUUACCACAGAACAAUUGCAAAGCAACAAAUAAAAAUGAAAUAUUAUAGAACAUGAAAUUGU